AUGACUGGCAGAGGCAAAGGUGGUAAGGGUUUGGGAAAAGGUGGCGCUAAGCGUCACAGGAAAGUUCUACGAGACAAUAUCCAAGGAAUCACAAAGCCCGCUAUCAGAAGAUUGGCCCGCCGCGGAGGGGUGAAACGUAUCUCUGAAAACGUUAUUAGAGACGCUGUAACUUACACCGAACACGCAAAAAGGAAGACUGUAACAGCAAUGGACGUCGUAUAUGCUUUGAAACGCCAAGGUCGUACGUUGUACGGUUUCGGAGGUUAA